AUGGUCGUAAAUCUCUCUCCCUCUCCACCUAUACAUUCCAGUUCCAUAAUCAGACUGGCCAAUUCGAAGUCACCCAUUUCAGAACCUUGGUUUAGGCUCAAAACCCACUUCCCCAAACCACUUCUCUCCCCUUCUUUUGCCUCCCCCAGCCUGAACUUCGUUUCCAAGAAGCAGGUUUUGCAUGGCAACAGCAGGAACAAGUUGGAUUGUAGGACUUGGUCUAUUGCUGGAUUUGAUUAUGGGAACUUUGAGGGGCCUCAGUCUGUGCUUGAGGCUGCUGCAGUGUUGACAGCCAUCAUUGUUGUGCAUGAGAGUGGUCACUUUCUUGCUGCUUCUCUCCAAGGCAUCCAUGUGAGUAAGUUUGCUGUAGGCUUUGGUCCAAUUUUAGCAAAGUUUAAUGCCAAAAAUGUGGAAUAUUCCAUCAGGGCUUUUCCUCUUGGUGGAUUUGUGGGCUUCCCUGAUAAUGAUCCAGAGAGUGAAAUUCCUGUUGAUGAUGAGAACUUGCUUAAGAACAGACCAAUAUUGGAUAGGGUGAUUGUGGUUUCGGCUGGUGUUGUUGCUAACAUAAUUUUUGCAUUUCUUAUUAUCUUUGCUCAAGUCCUGUCUGUUGGUUUGCCUGAGCAAGAGGUCUUUCCUGGGGUGAGUGUGCCUGAUGUUAGACCCUUUUCAGCUGCCUCCAGGGAUGGAUUGCUUGCUGGGGACGUGAUCCUUGAGGUCAAUGGAACUGAGUUUCCUAAACCAGGUCCUAGUGCUGUUUCUGAAGUUGUUGAGAUUAUCAAGAGGAACCCUAAGAGAUAUGUUUUGCUCAAGAUUAAAAGGGGGGAGCAGAAUUUUGAUAUAAAAGUCACCCCAGAUGAGAGUUAUGAUGGAACUGGGAAAAUUGGAGUGCAGCUAGCCCCUAAUGUUAAAAUAGCUAAGAUUAAGCCAAAAAAUUUGGGGGAGGCCGUGGAGUUUACUAGGAGAGAGUUUUGGGGUCUAACAUCUAAUGUUUUAGAUGGGUUAAAGCAAACAUUCUUAAACUUCUCCCAGUCAGCUAGUAAGGUUUCAGGUCCUGUGGCCAUUAUUGCUGUUGGUGCCGAGGUGGCAAGGUCGAACAUCGAUGGUCUCUUCCAGUUUGCUGCAAUACUCAACAUUAACCUUGCGGUUAUAAACCUUCUUCCUUUGCCUGCUUUAGAUGGAGGUACAUUGGCAUUGAUCCUCGUUGAGGCUGCCAGGGGUGGGAGAAAGCUUCCUUUGGAAGUGGAGCAAACUAUCAUGUCGUCUGGAAUUAUGCUUGUUAUAAUUCUUGGGUUAUUCCUUAUUGUUCGUGAUACCCUAAACCUUGAUUUUAUCAAAGACUUGUUGUAG